AUGCUAAAAAUUUUAAUUCCCACACUUAUGCUAAUCCCAACUGCCUGAGGGGCUCCCGCCAAAUGACUUUGACCAACAACCCUCGCCCACAGCCUUAUCAUUGCCCUCAUUAGCCUAACUUGAUUAAAAAAUAUGUCUGAAACCGGCUGAUCAAGUCUAGGACUUUAUAUAGCAACAGACCCCCUCUCAACGCCUCUCUUAGUCCUUACUUGCUGACUAUUACCCCUAAUGAUCUUAGCAAGUCAAAACCAUACAGCAUUAGAACCUUUAAACCGCCAACGUAUAUAUAUUACCCUUUUAACAUCCCUCCAAUUCUUUCUUAUUCUGGCUUUCAGUGCCACUGAAGUAAUCAUAUUUUAUGUCAUAUUUGAAGCAACCCUUAUUCCCACCCUAAUCAUUAUUACCCGAUGGGGUAAUCAAACGGAACGACUCAAUGCAGGCAUUUACUUCUUAUUUUAUACCCUAGCAGGAUCCCUUCCCCUGUUAGUUGCAUUGCUCCUUCUACAAAAUAGCACUGGUACACUCUCCUUAUUUACCCUACAAUUCUCAGACCCAUUACUACUCACCUCCUAUGCAGACAAAUUAUGGUGAGCAGGCUGCCUUCUAGCCUUUUUAGUAAAAAUGCCUCUUUAUGGGGUCCACCUAUGACUCCCUAAAGCACACGUCGAAGCACCCGUUGCAGGUUCAAUAAUUCUUGCAGCCGUUUUACUUAAACUAGGAGGUUACGGAAUAAUACGUAUCGUCGUAAUACUUGACCCACUAACCAAAGACCUAAGCUACCCAUUCAUUAUUUUUGCCCUCUGAGGGGUAAUUAUAACCGGGUCUAUUUGCCUACGACAAACAGACCUGAAAUCACUCAUCGCUUAUUCUUCCGUAAGCCAUAUAGGCCUAGUCGUAGGGGGAAUUCUUAUCCAAACACCCUGAGGCUUCUCGGGAGCACUUAUUCUUAUAAUUGCUCACGGUCUAACAUCCUCGGCCCUCUUCUGCCUAGCAAAUACAAACUACGAACGUACACACAGUCGAACUAUACUCCUCGCCCGCGGUCUACAAAUAGUUCUACCACUAAUAACAGCCUGAUGAUUCAUUGCCAGCCUAGCUAACCUGGCUCUUCCCCCACUUCCAAACCUCAUGGGGGAAUUAAUAAUUAUUACCUCCCUAUUCAGUUGAUCCUGAUGGACUUUAGUAUUAACCGGGGCUGGAACGCUAAUCCCCGCAAGUUAUUCCCUUUAUAUAUUUCUCAUACCCCAACGAGGACCCAUUCCAGCACACAUAAUAGCCCUAGACCCCUCCCACUCUCGAGAACACUUGCUGAUAGCCCUACACCUUCUUCCAUUAGCCCUCCUUAUACUUAAACCUGAGCUAAUCUGAGGGUGGAUAUACU